UUGCCUCUCCUCCUGCGGCUGUAGUCGGGGGGGGCCUUUGUGUGUAGGAGGCCAUGUUGAUGGAUUGUGUGGAACCUGGAUAAUUCUUUAGUAUCGCUGUAAGCCGGCCUCGGACUGCGGAAGCCGUCGGCCGGGCUCGUGAUGCGAGCCGGAGAAUAUCGAGCAGCGUAGAGCUUCGGAUAAGUUCGGCUGCUGGAUGCUCGCCAUUGGUCGCAGCUACUCGGCUGGCGAGUUGCGCGGAGCGGCAUUGCGUGCUACGCGCCGCGCGGACUGUCAACAACAUCCUCUUUGGGUUUUUUUUUUCGUGUCGGAACACCAGAGCCCUAUGUGUACUGCCGUUCGCCAAGUAACACACCAGUUGUGAUUGCAAAUCGCGCGAUUAUCUAUCGAUAUCAAACCAGGCGUAGAGAAGACCUAAAGCUGGACUCGCUUGGAUAAACAAUUCUAUGAAAUUAUGGUUCUGAAUACCUUUGGAGUUGAUGACGGACUCUGUUGUGGCGGUGAGCAGUUUAUACGCCUAUCUUGGUAGCUAGCUAGCUAGCUAGCUGCUGAAUCCCUUUGCUCCCCACAUAACACUGGUAGCUAGCCAGCUACAUCUCAGCCGAGGGGAACGCUGGCGGCCAUUCGUCUAGAGCCGGAGGAGAAGGAGCUGGGCGUCAUGGCAUGGGUGCUGAAGAUGGAUGAUGCCACGAUCGAGUCCGGGCUUGUGCACGACUUCGAUGCCAGUCUGUCUGGAAUUGGUCAGGAGCUUGGAGCGGGCGCAUACAGUAUGAGUGAUGUCCUGGCGCUGCCCAUCUUCAAGCAGGAGGACGCCGGCCUCCCCUCCGAGGCGGAGAGCACAAACCCCCCCUUCCAGUACGUGCUGUGCACGUCCACCUCUCCCGCUGUCAAGCUGCAUGAUGAGACACUCACCUACCUGAACCAAGGUCAGUCAUACGAGAUCAGGAUGCUGGACAACCGGAAGGCGGGCGAGCUUCCCGAGCUGAACAACAAGAAUGUGAAGAGCAUCGUGCGAGUGGUGUUUCACGACCGGCGUCUGCAGUACACUGAGCACCAGCAGCUGGAGGGCUGGAAGUGGAACCGCCCAGGAGACAGGCUCCUGGACAUCGAUAUUCCCAUGUCUGUGGGCAUCAUUGAUCCCAAGACCAACCCUUCGCAGCUCAACGCCGCAGAGUUCCUGUGGGACCUCUCCAAACGCACUUCCGUCUUUGUCCAGGUGCACUGCAUCAGCACAGAGUUUACCCCCCGCAAGCAUGGUGGCGAGAAGGGGGUGCCGUUCCGGAUCCAGAUCGACACCUUCCGGCCGGGCGAGAGCGGGGAGUACAGCGAGCACCUGCACUCGGCCAGCUGCCAGAUCAAGGUCUUCAAGCCAAAGGGAGCAGAUCGGAAGCAGAAGACCGACCGGGAGAAGUACCAGCCCUCAUACGAGACCACCAUCCUGUCUGAGAUGAGACUUGAGCCUAUAAUAGAAGAUGCAGUUGAACAUGAGCUGAAAAAGUCCAGCAAGCGGACACUGCCCGCAGACUGCGGCGAUUCUCUGGCCAAGCGGGGCAGUUGCUCGCCUUGGCCCGACAGCGCCUACGUCAGCAGCGCCCCAGCAGCACCGGCGGCGGCGGCGGCCACACCCUCCUUCACCUCCACCUCGCACACCUCCUACGCUGCCCCUGUCGCAGACAGUGAUUCCUCAUCACCAAAUCAUCAGGGAGAUGCAGUCAGCCAUCCUGCUCUGGAGCAGCUCAGUCCCUUGGCCUCCAUGCAGGAUGUGCAGCAGUGGCUGCAAAAGAAUCGAUUUGCUACCUACACCAGAGUCUUCUCGAAUUUCUCAGGUUCUGAUUUACUGAAGCUGACCCGUGAGGACCUAGUCCAGAUAUGCGGAGCAGCAGAUGGUAUCCGACUGUUUAAUGCACUUAAAUCCAGGUCAGUGAGACCCCGCCUGACUGUGUACGUGAGCCAGGAGGUCCAGCAGGCUGACACUCCGCCACCAGAGGGCGCUGCUGAGGGCCACCAGAGGAAGCACUCUGGCUGUGCCAUAUACGGUAAGUGUGGGGCCCGCGCAGUAGGUCUGAGGCUCACUGGCAGCACUGCUGACGAGCGCUUUGGCACACUGGCAGUGUAUCACGCCCUGUACCUGGAGGAGAUGACGGCCUGCGAGCUGACCCGCAAGAUCGCCGCCGUCUUCGGCCUCUCGCUCACCCAGGUCAAGCAGGUGUUCCGCCAGGGGCCCACAGGCAUACACAUCCUGCUCAGUGACCAGAUGGUUUACAAUCUUCCAGAUGAGACUUGCUUUGUGAUUAGCACAAUGAAAGAUGAGACUGGAGAGGGAUACCACGUUAUUUUGAAGUAAAACGGCAAGAAGCGACGUCAGAAGGAUCCAUUGCCAAGAUUUUCUCUUUUAUGGCGUCUGGUUUGAUAUCAGGAAGAAGGACAAGUGGAGAAGCCUAGAGCCAAUUAAAUGUUAGAAUCUGACUUCAGGGUAACACUGUUUCAUAUUGAAAUCAUGAUUUAAGGAGCGUAGCUGGGAAUGGCUCUUGGGCAUCGUGUGUGUGUGUGUGUGUGUGUGUGUGUGUGUGUGUGUCUGUGUUUUGUCCCCUCCCCCAUCUUCCUCCACCACCUUUCUUGCCCUCUCUCCCCUCGUGGGCUGGGGGUUAGGGUCAGGGUUGUUAAGCCUCACUGGUGUUUGGCCCAGCAUUGCUAGCGCCUCACGGUGGCCGUACAACUUGAGGUUUUGUGAGCCCGAAGGGGUCCAGCACACUGGGUGCAGGAGAAAUGCCCAGGUGAAGCUGAGAAUGUGCCGGCGCAUUUUAGCAUGCAAGAGGGGACGGGCGGGGGGGGGGGGGUUACGCGGCGCAGGAGCCCGCAGUUACGGUAGCGGAGAAGCCGUACUCUCGCUCGCUUUCUCCCGCCAUGAAUUCCUGCCGAGUGUGCUGUGGAAAUGGCUCACAGAGGAGGCGGGACUGUGUGCCUGCGCUUAUGCGUGGCUGCCAGCAGGGGAGCUAAACCCGCUAGCGCCCCACAAAAGAACAGAACAUAACCAUCCGUAUGUAAAGAGCUGCUGGAAGCUGUUUGACGCCCCGUCCCACAGCCUAGGCUGGUUAUUCUGGCUGCAGAUUCCCGCCUUUUAGAUGGGUUUUAACGUCCUUUUCGCCCUGGGUGACCCAUUUUGGUACCAUAUUGGCUUUGGUCCACCUGCUUGCACGUGGGUAGAUGUACUCAGGGGAGAGUCCCGCCCCCGGCCUGCAUUCAGGAGGGCAGGCCUGCUGAGUCAUUUGGAGUGUUCCUCCUGAUGGCUUAGGCUACUUCAUGUGCAUCCUGCAUGUGGAUUUCCAUAAAUUAUUCUGCGUCAAGAGUUUAGCAAAGCGGGCAGUGAGGGUCGUCCUCAAAGACAGCGAAGUGGACCAAACCUUUUGUAUUUGCUUAAAACGGUGGGGAGUGCCCCCCCUUGCUGAAAAUACUUAAUUUCUCUGUGCUCGCUGUGCCUGACUGUGACGAUGGCGUGUGACCUCAACUCUGGAAUGUGCCCUCUGAUAAUUCAGCACAUCCCGUCUGCAGUGCGAGAGCUUGUGCCAUGCCGGUGUGGGACUGGUCCAUAUGUGCCUCUUGGCUGUCUGGGGCAUUUUUCAUUGUGCCAUUUUUUUUGUAUUCAUCUGUACUGUAGUUCAUUUUAGAGUGCAUGUUUUUUUUUUUUUUUAAUAAAAUCACCCCCUGUCUUGACGGUCCUUUAGGUUUUUUUUUUUUUUAGUUUGUUUUUUUUAAGAAGGAAAAAAAUUUGGUGUACUUUUCUUGGCAGUCAGACAUGAAGGCUGCGGACUUUGGCUGGUGGACACCUCUGUACUUGGUGACCUCCAGGACCUGUACUGAGCAUCUCUGUGUGGCAUGCACCUACUGUUGCUGUUCUAAUUUAAAAGCACGAGGGGAAGCGAGAAGGCAGCUUCCUCCUCCCCACGUGAACAUUACCAAUGCAGCACUGAAAAUUUACAGGAAUGAAAAUGUAAACCAUGUGACAGAAGGUGGAAUAAAAAAAGUGCAGAAAAAUGCCAGUGAAAAAA